UUUCCGGGUGGUGCGUGUUUCGCGAUCUAAGAUGGAAGUGUUUAUGUUAACUUUACAAUAUUAGUAUCUUUUAUUUAAUUUAAUUUGAUACCAAUUUCGUUAAAUGCUAAAGUAUUAUUAGAAUCUGAACCUGUUGAAAGUUACUUACUGUAUAAUUUAGUUACACAUACCAUCUAUUCUUUUGAUUUGAUUGUCCACACUAUGUAAAAGACUUCUCGCAAUUAUCAUUUACCAGUCAUGGAGGAAGUUUGGUCUCAAAAAGCCCCUGAAUAAUUAGAUUUUAUUAAAUGAUGCUUUUUGUAAAACUUAAGUAAUUGAGAACAAAGUUUUUUGUGUACUUUCAUGGCUGUUGAAGAACAUUCUGAUGAAGAAAAAGCCAUUUUUGCCAUGACCACAAACUUCAAACAUGGCCAGAAUGGAUCCCUUGCUGUAAGGACAACUUCAUCAUCACCAACAGUGUUUUUCACCGCCAAUCCUGAAAAAGAGUCCACUGGUGUGGAUGAUGACGAACUCACCAGCCUCGCCUGGCUACAAGACACCAAUUUGCUCAAGAACUUCCAAAUGGGCUCCUACGGAAUCGAAGGUGAGGAAGUGCUUAGUGACAGUCCGUCAAGCGACUACUUGGAUGAAACAGCAGAACAUGUCACAGUGGCCGGGGACGAAGGGGAGCAGAACGUGGAACCUCUGCCUGCCCAUUCUCCCUACAACCCGACUUUGCACGCCAAUUCGAAACCCCCCUUUUCUUUCAGCUGUCUCAUCUUCAUGGCAAUCGAGGACUCUAUCAACAAAGCAUUGCCCGUGAAAGAUAUUUAUAAUUGGAUUUUAACUCAUUUCCCGUAUUUCCAAAAUGCGCCGACUGGAUGGAAAAACUCUGUUCGGCACAAUUUGUCUCUCAGCAAGUGCUUUCGUAAAGUGGAAAAGGAAAAAGGGCAGAAUGUGGGGAAAGGAUCAUUGUGGUGUAUUGAUCCAGAGUUCCGUCCCAAUCUUUUACAAGCCUUACAGAAAGCUCCAAGUAUGGCAAACUUAGAGUUCAGUCACUUUUCUUAUUUGUCUCCAGCCUACUGCCAAAAUGGGAGGACAGAAAGUGAAGUGAAGCCCUGUCUUUUAGUGUCUUCUCAAGAAGCAAUACAGAUUCCUUCUCCUGAGCUUUUUCCAUUUCUGUCCCGUCGUCUUGCAAGCAGUAUGAAAGAUCCUGAGGUAGAUGCUGCUGCCACCAUGCUCACUUUAAAAAAUGGCCCUAACCUUUCACUACACAAUAUGAGUGAUGAAUCUGAAAAUGAUUCCAUUCAAUGCUCUCAAUGGUUCCCAAGAAAAAGAUUGCGCCUGAAGCCAACAUCUCAUGGGGCAAAAAAGCCUAAGGUAAAGCCCAUUAUCAUAACCAGCCCUAGCGAAGACCACACCUACAGUGCCUCUUUGGAUCUGCCUGUCUCCAGCCCAAAAGCGUGCAAUACAGUGAACAAGGAUGAAGUGCAUUGGUCAAACGAGAAGAGCACUCAUGAGGGGAACAUCUCAGCUAAUGGAAAUCAUGCUCCAAAAUCAAUCUCUGUUCUGAGGAAGAAUGCCGAGGAGGAAGGGGCACAUGCCCUCAUGAAUUUGGCUGAAAUUGCCUCCAAAAGGCUGUUGAAGAAAACAAAUAGCAAAACCUCCUGAAUAAGAAUUAUGUUGCUUGAACAUAUAUAACACAAUGCUACAAUCAUACAUAAGAUAUUUUUACUCCUUACUUUUGAAUUCUGAUUGAAGAAUUGUGUUUCUUUUGCUUAUAUUUUUCAGUUUAAUGUUUAGUGCUUGUGUUUUCUUUUGAAUCAAUUACUCUCAGCUCUAGUUGACCACUGCACUGGGUGAUCUGAAAUGUCAGAUAUUAAUGUUGUAUGAGAAAUGGUUGUCAAAAUUGAUGGCAUUUUUUAGGCCAACCAUUCACAACUUUCCAUGCUGUCAAAUGACACAGUUCUGGUAUGUUUUACGCCAUUUUAUAGCUUAGUUAUUAACAAGGAUACUAAUGACCAUACCAUUCUUUCUGAACCUCUUACAAAAAGUCUACAGCCCCCUUUCCCCACAUACCUAUUUGCCAUGAGAUUUUCGCAUUUAUGGAAAACCUGACAACAUCUACUACAAAUGAAGGACACUGGUAAAAUAUUUGGCAAACCAUCCCAUAUAUUGCCAGUCAUAUCUGGUUUCCAGUACUGUGGCAUUUGCAUGGCAUAGAGUGAUCAUUAAUGGCUGGCUUUUUUCCACAUUGGUGUAAUUUUUUUGUGGAGACUUUAUGGCUGACCCAUUUUUCUGUUGAUGUGAAAGAAAAGAAAAGUGAAAUUGUAAACUUUCAGUUUGUGCAAAUUCAUUUCUUAGCUUUUUGUUUGCUAUGUAACAUUGUUUGUUAAUGAACAGUAUAUAAACUUAUUUGCUAAAUUAACAAUUUACAAUCGAGACUAUUCUGAUUUUAUAAUUUUAUUCAUUUUCAGCAACUGAAUAAGCAUAACUUUUAUGAAUGUCAUCAAUUUUGGCAAUGAUGGUUGUUUUCUUAACCAUGUUAAAAAGUAUUUUAUGUGCAUAAACAUUAUGCUUUUGCAAUCAGAGUGCUUUGCUCAUUUUUUAAGAAAAAGGCUCAAACCAUAAAGAGGAAUUGAAAAGAGUUUGGUCUGACAGAUUCCAUUGUACUUAGUUUGAGUUGUGACAGUACAUCAUGUGUAUACAUUUGACUAUACAUCAAAUAGUGCCUGUUUUCUCCUAUAAACUUCAUGUAAUAUACUGUUGGAUACUGAUGUUGACUUUGUGAGAUGGUUAUUUCAUUUAGCCUAUUGAGAAUUGAUAUGACUUUUUCAUCCUUUAUUUCUUUAGAAAGUAUUGUAGAUUUAUGUCUAGUGUUUAUAUCUUAUUUUAAUGUGUACAAAAAAUCAUUUAUUUCCUUGUGUCUUGUUUAAGAUUUGAUUGAUAGUUAUAGAAAAUAUUUAAUGGCAAGUCUCUUUUUUUUUUCUAUUAAUUAUAUGUUUUAUAAUAUAGCAUUUAAAAAUACAAAACUGGUUAUAAUGCCUUAAAUGAGAAGUUUAUUAUUUGCUGGUUGAAAAUCAGUUUGUUAUUUGUUAAAGAAAUGCCCAGUUGGGAAAGUGUGAUGCAAAUUGUAUGUGUGAAAGUAACAGAAUAUAUGUAUGUGGAAAAAAAUCAUCAAACUUGUGCCAAAUUUCUGAGAGGUUUAUGAAGUAUAUGCAAUAGUUAUCACUUAUUAUUUUGAAUGAAAAAAUUUUCUGCAGUAGAAAUUUAGUUGUUUAAGAUCUUACAUUAUAACAGCAUCUUCUUUGCAAGUGCUGGAACAGAAAAUUUUGUCCUAUAAAAUUGACGCCUUAUUCUUUUUUAAAAAUCUGUUUUGUAAAGUUAUUAGUUAUUGUCAUAAUAUGUUUAUCUGUUUCUUGAUUGUUAGCAUGGUCAUAUUUAUUUACUCUGCACCAAAUUAAAUUAAUGAAAUGAAUUUUGCUUCAUUGAUAGUCAUUACUUGGCUUUCUAUAUGGGCAUUCUUAAUUAUGUUAUAUGAAAUUAUCUCUGUAAAUGAAUUUUGUUGUAUUGACAGUCAUUUACUUUAUAUUAAAAUUAGCUCUUUAAUGAUAUGAAAACAAUCAAAAAAUGUUUUGAUAAUCAUUUUUUGAAUGUCAUCUUCAGCAUUGUUAAUUUAUUGUAUAUUAAAAUUAACUCUAAAAAUGAAUUUUACAUUGAUAACCAUUGUUUAUCUGUCAGUAUAGAUAUUGUUUAUUUAUUCUAUGUUUGACUUCUCUGUGCAUGAAUUUUCUUGUUGCUUAUGAUGAUUAAUUCUUUGUCGGGAUAACAAAACUAUCAAAAGAUAAAUAGUUUAAUUUUGAAAUUUCAUCAUUCUUAAGAAAAAUACAAUUCAGAAAUCAGCAUGAAAGAAAAUAAGUCUAACAGUACUUUCAUCAUUCUCAUCAAUACCUUUAAAAGAACUUACUACAGCUCUAAAGCUUAUUUCUCAUUAAAAAUUGUUCAGGAUUCUUCAUGCUUAUCUAUAAUGUUCUUCAUGCUUAUCUAUAGUUUGUAAUUAAAAUCAUUGACUUGGAAGGAGUAAAAAAAUAGUCAUAUGUAUAUAGAAUUAUUAUAAUUACAGAAUAAAUAAUUCUUAGAUAAUUGCUCAUUCAUUUUAUUCUUCCCCAAGUAAUACAAAAUUAUCCAACAAUGGUGUACAUUUUAUGAUACUUGAGUUUUAACUAUGAUAGUUGAGUUUAAAAGGAUACUGAAUUUCACUGCAGAAAAUCUUUCUUGAAUGAAUGCACUUGUACAGCACAUUUCAAACAACUAUUUUUUAAUGGACUAUUCCUUUAGAAUUAAAAGUGCCCUUGCCCUGUGUAAAGUAUUACUUAUUUCAUAAUAGGUAUAUUACAGUUUUAGACAGAAAUGAGUUUCAAAUAUCCAGUUUUGUAUUUUUUUUUUUUUAAAUGUGCACUGAUUAUUUAAUACACUUAUCAUUUUUCAUUCCUUAUAUAAUGUUAAUGUUGUACAUUGAAAAAUUGUAUAGUAAAUGUAAUUCAAUUACUGCUCAAAAUUUAUAGGAUUGAAAUCUAUUAGAAUCUCACCUUUUCUCAAUCAGAUUUUUAACAGUCAAGUAUUUUUAUUUAUUUUUCGUUAAGUUUUUCAUAUUUCUGCUGUCUUC